AUAGCAGCGAUGGGGAUAGUAGCACGAAUCGGUCUAAUUCUGCUCGGUAUUUUUAUCGCACUCGGUUACAAGGCGUACGAGCAACUCUCCGUAACGCCACGUCUACCGAACAAUAUAGAGUUUUUUGAAUACUGGGGUCCCGAAGGAGGCGACCCGUACGGGGGCAGUUUGGAGAUCGUUCCGUUUAAUGUUUCCUACCCGCCGGAAGUGAUUGAAAGGUUGCGCAAACAGCUGCACGAUGCACCAUCGCUUACUGCCCCACUGGAGGAAGCCGCUUUCCAGUACGGAUUCAAUAGUGAGCGUUUGAAAGAAAUUGUCCAGUACUGGCGAACGGAUUAUUUGGAUCGCUGGGAUGAGCGGCAAGCGUACUUGAACCGAUUCACGCACUUUAAAACCAAGAUACAAGGUUUGGAUAUUCACUUUAUACGUGAUAAGUUGGAGUCGGUUCGCAAUCCGAAGCGUAUCGUGCCGCUGCUAUUGUUGCACGGUUGGCCCGGGUCGGUUCGGGAGUUCUACGAUAUUAUUCCAAUGCUGAGCAAUCGGACGAGUGAUAAGGAGUAUGUGUUUGAUGUGAUUGUGCCGAGUCUGCCCGGGUACGGUUGGUCUGAGGGUUCCUCGAAACCGGGCCUAAGCACGUCCAAGGUAGCGGUCAUUAUGAAAAAUCUAAUGGCACGCCUAGGGUACAGAAGCUUCUACAUUCAGGGUGGUGACUGGGGGGCGAUCAUUGGGAAUUUGAUGGCCAUUCUUUUCGAGAAAGACAUUUUGGGAGUUCAUCUCAACAUGUGCAUGGGAAGCGGAAGCCCUCUCACCAUGGGAAAAAUGAUCCUCACCAGCUUAGCCCCGAGCUAUUUCAUUGAGAAACAGCACAUCGACUUCUACCAUCCAACGUGGCCAAAGAUUGUGGAGCUUAUUCUGGAGGGAGGCUACCUACACCUGCAAGCUACCAAACCCGAUACCAUCGGUACGGCCCUGCAAAACAAUCCCGUAGGACUGGCGGCUUACAUUCUGGAGAAGUUUUCCACCUGGACCAAUCCAGCCAAUCGCAACCUGCAAGAUGGCGGCCUUGAGCAACACUACUCACUGGACGCGCUGCUGGACAACGUGAUGAUUUACUACCUGACCGACAGCAUCACCACAUCGCAACGACUGUACGCGGAAUCGUUCAGCGCGGACGAGCUUGGCAAGGCGUACGAAAACAUUCCCACCAAUGUCCCGGCCGCGUGUGCCAAAUUUCGGCAUGAGCUGUUCCAGUAUCCCGACUGGAUACUGAAGGAACACUUUACGAAUUUAAUGCAAAGCAAUCACUACAACGAUGGCGGCCACUUUGCCGCCAUGCAACUGCCCGAGGUGCUUUACAAGGAUAUUGUGCAGUUUGUGAAUCGGCUGUAUGUGCGCUAGUGCGCGAACGGAUGUGAUCGGUGGAAUAAAAACAAACCCAAACAAAGCAGUGCCGCUU